CGGCAUACCGGCCCUUUGCAUGGUGCACUGACGUGACAUUUGCCUGCUGGGCCCCGGGAACGGGACGAAACCCCGGGGACGCGGCCGAAAGAUGGAUUCUGCCAACCGUGCCACGGGACAUGCGACACAUGCGCCGGGCCGGCGGAGACCGACUGCCUCAGUUGCCUACCCGGAGCCGCCCUGCAGGCGACCCAGUCACCGGCCGGACGCUGCAUGUCGGUCUCGGCAGGCAGCCAAGUGACCGUGUCCUUCUCGAGCCCCCAGUGGCCAUACUACCAGGCCAGCCAGGUCAUCAGUUUGACAUACAAUGUCCGGUCGGCACAUCCCUUCCUCUUGCAUGAUCGCGCAUUCUGGCUUCCCCGGAUAAUGGAGCUCUGGCCACAGGGAUUGCAGGUGGACGCCUCGCGCGAGCCGGGACUGGCCGAGGGCAUCAACAUUGGGGAGAACAUACUUGUACUCCAGGAAGACCCCUUGGGCAGGGAGUUCCAGGUGACCAGCGAGUGGUAUGAUAGCCUUCUCGUUAGUACGAUUUCCGGUCCGGCAGGAUCACGGACCAUGGUACAAUCGUGGAAUGGCCUGGAGCACUGCGUCAGAUCCCAAACCCAUGGAGCAUGUGUCUGGAUCCAAACCUACCCGACGCCGGGUGGCGCCAACAUCCACAUGGGUCGGGUGGGCAGGACAGCCGGCGGAUCGACCUCCAGCGAGCAGGAGCCCCCCAUGGUGGGGAUCAUCAGCGACGGUCGGAUUGGCCGCCGGCCGUUGGCCACCACGCCGGUAGCCGGGGCCCUUUGGCUGGAAGCCGACAACCACCUCGGCCUGGACACGGUCCUGGUGCUGCAUGAGGCCCCGUCGGAGCUCGAGGACGAUAUUUGCUGGCUGGGAUGGCAGCCGCGCCUGGUGAAAGACGAGGCACAGGCCGCGCAUGUGCCGGAGCCCGAGCGCCUGCUGGCAGAUCCGCUGCCCUGUGGCCAGUUGCUGGGUUUGCCGGCGGUCGGGGCCACCGGCCGGCCGCCGGUGCUGCUGGCCGCCCGCCGGCCGGCGGCGGAUGGGCCGGUGCUUUACAUCUUGCGGAACCGCGCCCGUCCGGGGGACAAUCGACCGCGCUUUGAGGCCCCGGUGGCCUUGCUGACCACCGGCCAGCUGGGCCACCCGGCUGGCAAGCGCCUGGAUCAUGUGCAGGUGAUUGUCGACCGCCAUGGCCUGACGCCCACCAGGGCCGUCCUCUUCCUGGCCGAUGGGAACUGGGUGUUCCGCGUGGUGCUGGAGCAAGAUACGACAUACGACGGAGCCGGCCAUUCGCACCAUAUCCAGGUGAUGGUGGAGCCGCUCAUUCCACGCCACACGGCCGCCGUCUUUGGCCCGGAGCCGAAGAUGAUGCUGGCCCUGGAUAUCGACGGGGAUGGGGUGUCCGAGUUGGCCAUUUUGAAGCCGGAGGACCGGACGUUGGUCAUCUUCCGCCAAGCGUCCGAGGACAAUGGCUGCGGAUGUGGCCGUGCCGGACAAUGCACCAUCCCGGACGAAUGGCAUGCAAUUCCCUGCGAAUCGACCGACGCCCGGUGCGUGCCCUGGCCGACGGGCAUGCGUGUGGCGGAUCUGUGCACUUGCGGGGCGGGGCACCAUUCGGACCCGACAGGCGAGGAGCUGUGCGUGCAGUGUAACUCGACCGUGUCCGGUGUCUUCCCGCCGACAUUUGGCGUGGACUGUGUCGCAUGCGAGGUGGACGGCUGCUACUUGUGCACCGCCUCCGGACGGUGUUUGCGCUGCCGGCCAGGGCUGGUUUUGACACCGGACGGCCAGUGCGCGACCGCCUGCCCGGACCCCGAUGCCCCGGUGGAGGACGGCCAGUGCCGGUCCCCCACCCCGGCCGAUGUGUGGGUCAGCGCCGCCGAGGUCCAAGCGCACGCCUCAUGGGCCGGGGCCCGGGUGGUGGAUGUGUCGAACCUGCGCCCGGUCACCCACCCGGCCAUGCUGCCCGGCAGCCGGGCCAUAGCCAGCACCUUCCCCUCGUUGCAUGUUUUGGCCCCUGGCGAUCCCCAAGGCAGGGACAGUGUUUGGCUGCUGCCAGCGGCCAGCCUGCUGGCCGAUGGCCGUGCCAGCCCCUUUGGCCGGCUGCACCUGCGCAAUGCAGUCCACUGGCUAAGAGACACAUGCUUUCACUUGGCCCCGGGCGUGGUGACGAACAAUCUGUCGGCGACCGCCAGCAUGGCGGCCGACACGACAGCCGGUCCAAUGCCACCACCUCGGCGGGAGGGCCGUUUCCCCGGCUGGCCGGGUCGCCCGGCUGGGGGGGCUCCUUGGCGAAGGCCAUCCGGCGCAGGUGGCGAUCGCGCAGCAUCGACCUGGGCCCGGGGUGGUGAGGCACCUCACGGCGAAGAAGCGGACCUCCGGGCCGGCGCCCAUGGAGCAGCACCGGCCUCCAGCCGGCCGAGGCACCCACGACCUGAAGCCAUGUCGGGCUUGGCCGCCGGCUGGGGAGCAUUCGCAAGCCCGCCGGGGGAAGGCCCAACCGCUGCCGGGGUGACCCCGGUCCAGUCUAGGGUUGACCACUCGCGCGCGGACAUCGUGGCCCGGGACAUCAUCGUAUCCCAGGAGCUGCCCAUCCGGCGGCCAUGGUUUGCCGCGCUGGCGGAGCCCUUCCCGGCGGCCGACCCGCAGCCGGGGGCAAGCGCCACCGGGCAGCAAGCCCAUCCGGAGGGGAUGUACAUCCAGCAGAAAAUUGGCUACUUCUACACCGUCUUCGAGAUGGUCGCCGGGGUGGAGGUGGCCGAGGAUGAGGGGCGCAUUUGCUCGGCCGAUGGGGUCCUCCUGCCGGCGGUCACGCGCCUGACCAGGCACGGAUCUCUCGAGGGCACCCAGGUGUUUGGCGGGGAAAAUUGCUUCUCCCAGGAUGUGUGGCUGCCCUUCCCGGCCAGCGAGCUGUCCAUGCCGCCGGGCACGCAAGACUGGUGGCUCAGCCAGGAUGCAUACUUGCUCCUACGACAGCCGACCACCGGGGCGGCCCAGCCGAGCCUGGUGUUCAUUUGGCCGGCCAAUGACUGGAUCCCGGCCAGACCGGAGUGCCACUUGCGGAUGAUGGAAAUCCCCCUCAUUCCAGGGUCAUGGCGCUUGCCGAUCGUGGCGAUCCACGAAUCACUGAUGGCCUUGGAGACCGAAUACUUCUUCAUGCGUGUGCCAUCCAUUCGGGAGUUCCACCCGACAGCCUCGGCCUCCGGGCCGGGAGUGGUGUACUUUGAGAAUCCGCUGAUUGCGGAACACAAGUUGCUGGUGGCCCUGGCCCCGGAAGAGCCGGCCAUCAUGGCGGACUUGCAGCUGGUCACCAUGCUGCCGAGUAAUAGCCACUGGUAUAUGGUAUUUGUACGGACAGACGGCCAGGCCGACAGCAUCAUGGCCAUGCCGGUGGACUGUCUGGUGGAGAAUCAUGCCAAUUGGCAGGAGGCCCCCCGAACAUACGGGACCCCAGGGCGAUCCUGGCCCACGGCCAGGCCGACAUAUGGCUGCGAAGCGUUGCUCCUUGAAACCCGGCCGCUGGAGGGGGAUGGCCCGCACGGCCGGCCGCUGGCCCGGGCUCGGGACAUGAACAGCGAUGGGCUGGACGAUUUGGUGCUCCACUGGCCGACUUCCGGCCGGGUGGUCGUGUACAUGACCCAGUCGACAUUGCCGCUGUCCUUCCGCCAGACAGUCGUCCUGCCCGGGCGAGUGACCACCGAAUCGAUGGCGCCCCUGGCCACCGAGUAUCCGGUGCUCCUGGACCCGACCCUCUUCAUGGUGGAUGUAGAUGGGGAUCGCUUCUUGGACAUUGUCAUCUUGGAGCACGCCGCCGCCGCCGCCACCACCACCACCUCGGCCAUGAUGAUGGCCGACCAGGGGGCCGGGCUGUCGUCGCUGCCGCCGGCCGCGCCGCCGCUCACCCUCCGGGUGUUCGGCCGGUCGGACCAGACCAACGGCUGGUGCCCGGCCGGGGUGGACUUUGACCCGCUCACCGGCGAGUGCCAAUGCCCCGGCCAGCUUCGCCACAUGACCCCGCUGUCGGAUGAGUGCGAGUGCAUCGAGCAUGCGCUGCCCGUGGCCCCGGGGGCGGCGGACUGCACCUGCCCGGCCACCAUGGUCCCCGGGGUGGGAAGAUGCAUUUGCGAGGCGGGCCUGCUGCCGGUGGCCGACGAAGCCACCGGCAAGGCCAUCGCGCCGGCCCGGUGCGAGGCCUGCCAUGCCAGCUGUGCGGCCUGCUCGGCCACCCGGCCGGGGCUGUGCGCGGCCUGCCCGCUGGGGCAGCUCCUGCUGGCAGGCGUGUGUGUGCCGUCGUGUGGCAGCGGCUUUUUCGUGGGCCCAGACGGCCGGCAGUGCAUCACCUGCGCGGCCACCUGCGCCGCCUGCCUGGGGCCGGCCAGCAGCCAGUGCACGGCGUGCGCCGGGAACCGGUACCUGCCGGGCGGCGUGCCCGGGACCUGCCGGGCCUGCGACGCGGCCUGCAACAAGUGCCUCGGUCCGACGGCCUCGCAGUGUGUGGCCUGCGCGGCCGGCUGGCUGCGGGCCCCGAGCGGCGAGUGUGUGCGCACCUGCCCCGAGGGGACCGGCCUCUCGGCCCCCGGGUCCGGGGUGUGCGCCGCCUGCGCCGAUCCCGGCUGUGCAAUGUGCGUCACGGCCCAGGCCGGGGCCAUCUGCCAGGCCUGCCGGGAUGGAUUGCAGAUCGAUCCCUCCGGCAAGCGAUGCAUCCAGUGCCAUGCGUCGUGCGACACGUGCAGCGAUGACGGACCGGCCGGGUGUCUGACCUGCGCGCCGGGGCUCCUGAUGCACGAGUCGGCCUGCGUGGCUGCCUGCCCGGCCGGGACCUUCGCCAGCGGGGCCCUGUGCGAGCGGUGCUCCAGCCGGUGUGCCACGUGCAGCGGGCCCCUCUCCAGCGAGUGCCUCUCCUGCCCGGACGGGUGGUUGCAGCAGGCGGAUGGGGCCUGCCUGCCGGGCCCCUGCCCGACGUGCGUCUGCAAUGUCGCCGACUGCGAGGCCUGCAGCCCGACCGACCCGGACGAGUGUCUCAUGUGCGGGCCGGGGCUGCUGCUGUCGCCGGAUGGCACAUGCACGAGCGCCUGCCCCUCCGGCAUGUACGCCCCCCCGAGUGGCGAUAAGUGCCAGGCCUGCGAUGUCUCCUGCGCCGAGUGCACCUCGGGCCAGCAGAGUGCCUGCACUGCCUGUCCAGGGACGCAUGUACUGCACCACGGCAAGUGUCAGGAGGCAUGCCCGGCCAUGUGGUUCUCCCAGGAGGGCGGCGUCUGCACGCCCUGCCACGGGUCGUGCCUGUCGUGUGGCGGCUCGGGCGAAGACCAGUGCCAGGUGUGCCUCCGGUCGCACAUCUUCCACCAGAACCACUGCCUGAAGAACUGCCCGCCGUCCAGCACCCCAUUGGCAGGGAGGUGCGUCGAGUGCGACAUGUCGUGCGUCGAGUGUGUCGGGCCCACCCCCGGCCAGUGCACGGCCUGCUCGCCGGCCAGGCCGCAGCUCUGGGAAGGCAGCUGCUUGGAGGAGUGUCCAUUGGGGACCUUCUCCGAGGCGGGCGUUUGUCUUCCCUGUGGACCGUAUUGCCUGUCGUGCGUCGGGGCCGCCAGCCACCAGUGCACCCAAUGUGCGGGGGACUUGCUGCUCCACCCGACGCAUGGGUGUGUGUCGGCCUGCGGUACGGGGCUCCUGCCGGAGGGGAACCGAUGUGUGCCCUGCGAUGCAGGCUGCCGGCAUUGCCAGGACACGCCUGGCCAUUGUGUCCAAUGUCCGGCGGGCACAUUCCUGGGCACCACGCCCGGCACAUGUGUGGCGGCGUGCGGCGACCGGGAGUUCGUCGACAUGUCGCUGCCGACCACGGCCCGGUGCGUCGGCUGCCAUGGGGAUUGCGCCUCGUGUGAGGGGGGCCCCCGGGCGGAGCACUGCACCACCUGUGUGCCGGGGCUGACGCUGCGGGUUGGGACCGGCUGCGCGGCCGACUGUCCGGCCGGCUUCUUCGAGGCCGAGGGCCCGUGGCCGGGGACGCGCCAAUGCGCCCGCUGCGCGGCCGAGUGCACUGCCUGCACCGGGCCCGACGCGCCGGCAUGCACCCGAUGCAUCGAGGACCGCCUGCUGCUGGUCGGGUCGGGCGUCUGCCUGCCAGUCGAGCAGGCUGCCUGCCCGAGUGGCUGGCACAUGGAUGCCGCGGGUCGGCGCUGCUUGCGCUGCUCCGACGGGUGUCUGUCGUGCGACGGGGCCGCCGAAGACUGCGAGCAGUGCACCCCGGGCAUGCAUUCCAUCCGCCUGCUGGACCGCAAGCCGACCGAUGGUGCUCCAGUGGGAACCGGCCCGCGAACGUGCGUGGUCCUCUGUCCGGAUGGCUGGUUUGUCCAGGCCGCCGGCAGUGCGUCGCACUGUGCCAGCUGCGAUGGGGUCUGCGCCACGUGCGAUGGCCCCGGGCCGGAUGGGUGCCUCCUACGGGACUGCAAUCAGCCGGGCGCGUGCCCGAAGACAGGCGCGCGCUCGCUCCUCCUGACGGUCGUCCUGCCGGUGGCGCUGCUCCUGCUCCUGCUGCUGAUCGCCCUGCUGGUGUUCUUCCUGCUGUGGCGCCGGCGGCGCGCGGCGGCCGCCGCCGCCGCCAAGCAAGAGGCCAUCCCCAUGCAGUAUAUCGGCAAUCCGGAGGACAUGACGAUCAUGAAUACGGUCAUUGAGCUCUCGCUCCCGGGGCACCUGCUCCUGACGCCGGAGGUGGACUACCGGGUGGAGCGCCAAGGCAAGCCCCUGGGGCAGGGCGCCCAGGCGGUGGUCCUGUCGUGUGCCCUGCUCCGGGAUGACUUGGUGGCCGCGGCCGGCGGGUCGGCCGGCGCCGUGAAAAUGGUUCCCCCUGAUUCGGCCUUCCGCAAGCAAUUCGAGCCGCUGCUGGACCAGGAGAUCGCCAUUCUCAGCCUGCUCCUGGCCGACGGCGGGUCGCCCUUCGUGUGCCGCCUGGUCGGGUACUCGACCGCGGCCCCGGGCCCGGCCCUGAUCAUGCCGCACUAUCCCGGGGUCCUGUCGGGGCUGCUGGCCACAGGGGCCUUGAGCCCGGCGCAGGCCCUCGGCCUGGCGGCGGACAUCGCCGCCGGGGUGGCCUUCAUCCACGCGCACGGCGUGGUGCACAAGGACCUGAAGCCGGAGAAUGUGUUUGUCCGGCCGGACCCGGCCGACCCGGCGCGCCUGCAGCCGGUCAUCGGCGACUUCGGCGUGGCCCUGGUGCUGAACCGGUUCUCGGUGAUCCCGACGCUGGGGGACGUGGCGGCCGGCAGCCUGCCGUACGCCCCGCCGGAGACGCUGGCCCGGCUGUAUGGCCUGCCCUUCGCCCUGGCCCCGCCGGAAGGCAGCGUGGUGUCCCUGCUGAAGGUGGACAUCUACUCGCUGGGCGUCCUGCUCUUCAGCCUGGUGUCGAGGGUUCAGCCGUGGGCAGACACCGCUCCGGAGGAGAUCCCGGCCGCGGUGCUGGCCGGCCGCCGGCCGCACAGCGAGGUCCAGCCGGACCACGCGCCCUGGCUCGGGGACUACCGCUGGGUGUACCAGGAGGCCUGGGCGGCGGACCCGCGCGAGCGCCCGAGCGCCGCGGACAUGGCCACUCGACUGAGCGACCUGGCCGCCGGGUGGACUGGGCCCCGCUAGGCCGAGCGCGCCGCAUCCGGCCCCGGCAAGCAGCGCUCCCCGCAUGCAGGGCCCAGCGACGGCGCGUCUGCAUGUGUGCGUCCGGUCUCGGCCUCCGAGGCAUCAGCACGUGGACAAUGAACCAAGCACACUGGA